AUGUUCUACAUGCCCGGCAGCACCCCGCACAACCUCCCCCACGACCCCUUCAAAGCCUGCGUCCUGCCGCGCCCCAUCGGCUGGCUCAGCACCCUCUCCCCCGCCGGCCACGCCAACCUAGCGCCCUACUCGCAAUUCAACAACCUGACCUUCGACCCGCCCUACGUCAUGUUCAGCGCGAACCAAACCGCCGCCGCGACGCAGAAGGACACGGUGCGCAACGUCGAAGCCACGCGCGUCUUCUGCUGGAACCUCGCCACCUACGCGCUGCGCGAGGCCGUCAACGCGACGGCGGCGGAGCUGCCGCACGGCGCGGACGAGUUCGCCCACGCCGGCUUGGCGCGCGAGCCGAGCAGGACCGUGUUUGUGAUGGUCAAGACGGCGGCGGCGGGGGGCUACGAGGAGGAGCAGCGCGUGCCCGUGCCCAUGGUGCAGGCGUCGCCCGUGCGGUUUGAGUGCGAGUACUACACCACACUACGGCUGCCGGGGCGGGCGCCGGUGGGAAGUGCGGAUGUGGUGAUUGGGCGCGUGGUGGGGGUUCAUAUUAAGGAGGAGGUGUUGACGGAUGGGAAGAUAGAUGUCCGCAAGACGCUGCCGAUUGCGCGGUGUGGGUAUUUUGAGUAUGCGGUUGUGAGGGAGGUGUUUGAGAUGGUGGUACCCGGGGGUGAGGGGGCUAGGGCGGCGAUGGAGGGGAGUGGGAAGGCGAUUCAGGAGAUGGGGGAGAGAGUGGGUGAUGAGGAGGAGGGUGGAGAGGGGGAUGUGGUUGCUGGUGCUGAGGUGGUUUGAGGUAGGAAGAAGG